CAUUUCCUCAGUCUUUUAACUCGCCAGGCGACUGGUCUAGUUCUCCUUCUAUCUCCUACAGUACAAGGCAUGAGGGAAAAGCUUUAUAUUGGUCCUGGUUCUGGGGGAUUCGAUUCGGCAAGAGGAAAUUGCCGUCCUCGUACGUUUCUCUUCAGCGAGCACCAGCAUCCGUCACAGCAGCACAAUCACCGGCAAGAACCACAUCCCCCCCAUCAUCAGCAGCAACAACAAGAAUCACAUCCCCUCCAUCAUCAUCAGCAGCAACAACAGCUUCCGUUUCAGCAACAGCAACAACAGUAUACUCCAUGGUAUCCCCAGGAACAGCAAAAUCAACAGCGAAAACAUCAAUCGCGGCAGCUUAAGCAAAUGCCAUCACAACAGGUGAGAAGUAGCCCUAGAAGUGAGGACGAAAAAGAGGGGAUUGAGGAAGAGAGGCCUAAUUUGAAUAAUGCUACCCAGCCCGUUUGGCAAACUCAGUCAGCUGAGCCAACUCGUCAAACCCGGGCAACUCCGCCAACUCGUGAAACACAGCCUGCACCGGGAACUCCUGGAAAACGGCCUGCUGCACCUACUCAAGAAACAAAAUGUCCCGGGCCAACUCUGGAUACAUGGCCUUCUGGCUCAACCCCUGAAACCCGGGCUGGUGCGCCAACUCCUGAAACACGGCCUGCCGUGCCAACUCAAACGAGCCAGGAUCAGUUGUUGAGUGGAUCGAGGGUAGCAGGUUUUUGGACUGCUUGUCCAUAUUGUUUCACGCUGUAUGAAUACCCGAAGAUGUACGAGGAAUGCACGCUUCGGUGUCAGAAUUGCAAGAGAGCAUUCCAUGCGGCGGUGAUAGCGCCUCCACCGUUGGCAGGCAAUGAUACUUACUUUUGCUGUUGGGGAUUUUUCCCUUUGGGGUUUAACAGUAAAUCUGCCAGUGGGUUGCCUUCUAAUUGGUCACCGAUAACGCCGAUGUUUCCUUGUCCUGGACAAAAUGUUUGGCAGGGUCAAAACCAGAAUAACGGGAGAGCGAAUUCUGGCAUUGUACUGGAAAAACCGGCUCCUCCGAGAGAUUACUAUGAUGAUGAUGAUGUGUGUGUAGGUAUUUCAGACCCCAGUGAAGAUGACAAAGACGAUGAUGAAUGGGAGGACGAAAAGAGGAAGAAGAAGGCCAAACACAGUAAAGCAAGAGCAUCAACUGUAAAAAAUGCCAAGAAACUGCAAGUGGAGAGAGCUAGGAGAGUGAAUCAAAUUGUGGAUACCAUUGAGAAGGCAGGUGGUGCAUCUAAGGUGCAAGAUGGUACAGUGGCGAGUACAUCGAGUGGAGCAGCGAGGGUGGCAGGAAAUAGCGGGAGGAAGCAAAUGAGAGUUGGAGUCAAGGACUUAGGUAAGUUGGAUUUGAAUGUGGAGUUCAGUAAUGAGGUGGAAGAGCCAGCAGCGCCUGGAAUGAGUGAAGGGCAUGGGGCAGGGAAUGGUGAGGAAGAUAAUAUUGAAGGGAUUGGAUUUUUCGAGGGUCUUGAUGAGUUUUUAAGUAGUUUGCCCAUACUUUCAGGCGAUGCAGAUGACAAGGUUAAGGCUACUUAGUAAUGUAAGGUUUGGUUACCCUGUAGUUGCUCUGGUAGUUAUAGUUGUUUUGUAUGCUAGUUGUAUUCAACUGAUAAGAGGUCUUUGGCAUUUUUUUCCAUGAUUUCCAUGUUGAAAUCUGGUGUAGGUUUUGCACCAAUCUCUCUGCGCCAAUCAAAAUGGCUGAAUUUUCUGCCUGAAAUUUGCUCUUGAAGAGUGGUUAGAUGCUCACCUUGUAGUCACUGAAUUUUGUAAUUGGUUGCUUCUGAAAAGGCAGUUUGUUUGGACUUUUUAAUCCCACGUUUAAAUUGGAAUGAUUUUCAUCAGGGUA